CUAUGAGAUCGAGCAACCAUCUAAUAGGUAUGGUCAACUUCCUCACCUUCCUCCUAUCGAUCCCAAUUCUCGGCGGCGGAAUAUGGCUAAGCAGCCGAGCAAACUCAACCGACUGUUUGCGAUUCCUCCAGUGGCCGCUCAUCGUCAUCGGAGUCUCAAUCAUGGUCGUAUCACUCGCCGGAUUCGCCGGAGCUUGUUACCGUAACAAAUUCCUCAUGUGGCUGUACCUCGUCGCCAUGCUCCUCAUCAUCGCCGCUCUAAUCGGAUUCAUCAUCUUCGCUUACGCCGUAACAGACAAAGGAUCCGGUCGAACCGUGCUUAACCGGGGUUAUCUGGAUUAUUAUCUCUCGGAUUAUUCCGGUUGGUUGAAAGAUCGGGUCUCCGAUGAUGGGUAUUGGGGGAAAAUCAGCUCGUGUAUUAGGGAUUCUGGAGCUUGUAGGAAGAUCGGGAGAGGUUUUAAUGGCGUCCCUGAAACUGCUGAUAUGUUCUUCCUCAGAAGGCUUAGCCCUGUAGAGUCUGGAUGUUGCAAGCCGCCAACAGAUUGUGGGUUUUCAUAUGGUAACGAGACGUAUUGGAUGCAAGGAGGAGGGACGAUAGGACCAACAAACCCGGACUGUAUGUUGUGGAACAACGAACAGAGCAUGCUCUGUUACCAGUGCAGCUCUUGUAAAGCCGGUGUUCUCGGGAGCUUGAAGAAGAGCUGGAGAAAAGUGUCUGUGAUCAACAUCGUCGUGCUUAUCAUUCUCGUUAUCUUCUACGUGAUUGCUUAUGCGGCUUAUAGGAAUGUCAAGAGGAUCGAUAACGAUGAACCGGCCGGUGAAGCUAGGAUGACGAAAUCGCACCCUAGUCAUUUCCACCUU